AUGGCAAUGAAUAAAAAAUCUUUAAUUAAUAAAAAAUUGAAAAAAAAAAAACCGGUAGAUCAUUUAGAUGUUACAGAAUCGUUAGGAUAUCAAACUUAUAGGAAAAAAGCCAGAAAUAUUUGGAAAAAAGAAGAGGAUGAAAAACUUUUGUUUUACAUAGAUGAAAGCUUAAAGAAACUAGGCUAUUCAGAUGGAUUAGACGUCCUAAAAUCUAUUAAAUUUAAGGACGAUGAUUUUGCAGCGCAAAAUGAAAAGAAGAUGAAUAUAAUUAAAAAUAUACCGUGGGAUGAUAUUGCAACACAUUUCGAUUCACAAAUAAGAAAAGGAAAAGAUCUAAGGAAGCAUUGGACAGGUUCAUUAGACCCAACGUUAAGAAAAGGUAAGUGGGUACCAAGCGAGGAUAAUAAAUUGUUAAAAGCAUUCAAUAAGCAUGGUAGACAUUGGUUAAAUAUUGCAGCUGAAAUACCAGGGCGAACGGAAGAUCAAUGCGCUAAGAGAUAUUUGGAGGUUCUUAGACCUGAUAAUGCAAGACGUCUCAGGGAUUGGGCACUUGAAGAGGAUCUAAAAUUAAUUCAGAAAGUCGGAAUAUAUGGCACUAAAUGGAGAAAAAUCUCAUCUGAAAUGGAUUGCAGACCUAGUUUGACUUGUAGAAAUAGAUGGAGAAAAAUUAUUACGAUGGUAGUUAGAAGCAAUGCACCCCAACAAAUCAUGAAAGCUGUGAAAGAAAAUAAAAAUAUUGAUAUUUCCAAAUCAGAUUCCAAUAUUUCAUUAAAUAAAAAUAAACACAAUGCCAAGGAUAAUAAAAAAAUAACCAAUGGCACAAAAACCCAGGCUGAUAAUAAAUCUUUAAAUCACAAAUAUGCAAGUGAUAACGAUGGUAAUGAACACGGAAAUGCUGAAAAUGACGAUGAAAAUGAAAUAAUUGACAAGUAUGAUGAAUCAGAAAGUGAAGAUCUCUUAGUUGAGAGUUAUGAAGAACAAACUUCCCCAAAUUUGAACAUUACAUCACCAAAUGACACAAAUAUUUUAAAUGAAAAAGAUGAAAUUUCGGAUAAGCCUACAGAUAGUAUGUCUCUCUCUACACAACAUAACCAAGGAAAUAAUAUAACAUCACCUAUGUCGCACCAGAAAGAAUCUCUAUUAUUAAAUCAUAUUGCAUCAACAUUUGAAAGUUUACAGUCUAUAACUGAUAUUAAAUCACCUGAAUCUGCGGAACGUGGUGGAACGCCAUAUCAGGACGUUACUCCUAUUUCUUCACUGAACUCCACUAACCAUGAAUCCUCCAAAAAUAUACCUAAACAUGUUCCAAAUUCUAGUUCGAUGGAAUGGAAAUUUACAUUAAAAGAUGGUAAAGGACUAUCUAUAUCAAAUGGUUAUAUUAAUAAUUCUGAUCUUAUCAGAGAACUCAUUGAACAAGCAAGAAAAUAUUCUUUACAAAUUUCAAUUCAUCAGCAUAUUCACAAUCAUUACACAUCUAACUCACAAGAAUCGGGACAAAACAGUGGUAUUUUUAACGAUAAAUCAUUUCCAAUUGAUAAUGUCCACACAAUAGAUAGAGAAUUUGACGUUUUUGGUAAAGAUUUUUUGUCAAAUAGUCCAGAUUUUGAUUCACUAGGAUUAGGUACAUCUAAUGAAGAAAAUCAAGACAAUAAUAUCCUCGAAUAUAACAUUAAUAAGAAUAGCAUCGGUGGCAGCAUUCACAGGUCAUCCAGUUAUGUUAGUAAAGAUGACUCAGUGAGCUCCAAGGGCUCUCGAAGUGUGCAAUCGAGUGAUAUAAGAGAACUCGGAGCAAAUAGAAUUAACCAUUUUAACUAUUUGCCUCCUACAAUAAAACCAAAAUUAGCAUCUAGUGAUUCACCUCAGAAUCCAACUUUAAAUAAAACCCCAACUAGUUCGGAAUCUAACUUUCCUAACUAUCCAAAUAAAAUAACUAAGGAAGGUUUAGCUAAAAGAGGGGAAAGCAGAAGGCGAAGAAUGACGGAUGGUAGUUUAUACUCAUCCGCAGAGAGUUCUAAUUCCAUGUCAUCCAUUGUUAAACAGUCAUCUAGGAAUACGCCAGGGUCAUUCAAACAAUUAUCGAAGACUGAGUCAUAUCAAAAUGAAGAAGAAGGUUUAGAUUUUUGGGAAAAUUUAAGAACUUUAGCCGGCAAUCCUAGUCUUGACGAUUCCGAGAGAGUUGAAGAUAUGGAUGAAGCUGAAGAUUAUGGCAUGUUCUUUGAUAUCAUAGAUAAUCAGCAAAAAUCAUAUGAUUCACCUGAUAUUUUCCAUUCUAAUUACACGAAAUGA